GUAUUUAUUACGCAGGAUGCAUCUUGUCGAGUCUACGGGCAAGGCUUGAACGGAAGCAGGAAGCACGUGGUAUGAAAGCGCACGGCGCACGUCCUCCCUCGUCUCCCCUUCCACACGCAGGCGAGAAGGAUUUGCGAAAUGCGGCUGCUGUCGCCGAGCUGUGUUUGCUGUGGUUCGCGCUGAUGUUUCCUUGUAGGUUUCCUCGAGCGUAAGUACGAUUCAAAGUGGACCACAUCUCCUACAAUAUUCAGAUCUGCGGUGAAGAUCUUGGCUUCAUUUGGUUGGGUUUAUGCAAAAGGAAAGCUCCACUGACGUCUAAAGGGAAUUGCCUUGAGGCCUGCCAUGUUUCAUACAGGUCUCCUAAUUCUAACCUCAUCGCCUAGGAUCUUGACAACUAAUGUGUCCGCCUAUUUGAAGGCUGCCAAGAACUUUGUUAACAAGACUUUAUACAUAAAGCUCGAACCCAACCAGCACCACUUGUGGCCUGUCCAGCAGCCUGUUUUCACGCCUUCAGAGUUGUCCCAACUACGAAAGCUUAUACCAGACAUAUAUUUCAAAGCCGCCGGAGUAUGCGCACACCUUGACAUCAGGGUUCUUCAAAGUUGCUUCAAGGAUCCUGCUCGUAAGGAGAAUCACUUGAAGCCAUCUUUUGAUGUUGUGCUAACGGAUGGAAGUCAUGCCCGUACCGAUUUGGAGCUGUAUGUGGGACACCAGUUUAACAAGAGCUGCUCAAAUUUCCACCGCCUUGACUGCAAGUUGACUGUCAAUGAGGCCAACGAAGACAACUUCAACGGCUUCAGUCAUGGAAACAACGGGGUCCAAAACAACUCCACCUUUCAGACUUUUGAAAGCGUCUGUCUUGGAGGUACCUUCGACCGCCUUCAUCUUGGCCACAAGGUGCUGCUUUCAGAGGCAGUGUUGCAUGCAUCGGGCAAACUUGUUGUCGGAGUAACGGAUGGUGACAUGUUGAAAGGCAAGUUACUCUGGGAGCUGAUAGAGCCAGUGGAGGCUCGUAUGCGUGCCCUGCUAGACUUUCUACACGACAUCGACGCAACACUGCACUAUGAUGUGCUGCCCAUCUACAACCCCUAUGGUCCUACCAUCGAAGACAGUAAUUUGGAAUGUCUGUACGUCAGUGAAGAAACUAUGAAAGGAGGCAGACUGGUCAAUGAGGAACGAGCCAGACGGGGCAUGCCUCCAAUGGUUAUCAGAUCCGUAGGACUAGCCGAAGACGUCUGUCGUGGCAGCGGUGAGGAAUUUAAAGUGAGCUCAUCAUCACUGAGGCGGCGGCAGCUCGGCACAUUGCUCACUCCACCCAAGCCAAGGCCUGACCUCCCUGAUAAACCUUACCUCGUUGGUUUGACUGGGGGCAUCUGCACUGGAAAAAGCCACAUCAUCAAGACACUCGAGUCCCUCGGCGCUGUGGUGAUCAACUGCGACCCACUUGGCCACGAGAGCUAUCGACCGGGUACAAAGGCAUAUUCCCGCAUAGUGGAGACCUUUGGUGACAAAGUGGUUAGCAGUGAUGGCACAAUCAACAGGAAAGUUCUUGGCGCCAUCAUUUUUGCAGAUGAGGCAAAACGACAGCAACUAAACAGCAUUGUCUGGCCAGAAGUCUCUCGGAUCAUUGAUGAGCGACUCGAAGAGCAUAGGCGAAAAGGUACCGAAGUAGUGGUUUUGGAGUCUGCACUUCUUUUGGAGGCUGGCUGGGAAAACAAGUUUCACCAGAUCUGGGUGUGCGUCAUUCCUGUGGAGGAAGCGCUGAAGCGAGUGAUGGCCAGGGACAACCUGGAGAAAGACCAAGCAUUGCGCCGGGUCCAAGCACAGAUGUCCAACAAGGAGCGUGUUAGCAAGGCUAAUGUCAUCUUCUGCUCCCUUUGGGACUAUGCCACAACAGAACGACAGGUUGCAAGAGCAUGGAAUGAACUGCAGGCAUUCUUAGGCAAGAAGAAGUCAUCAGCCCUAUAAUCACCGUCUGUGUACAGAAACAUUUCUGCGGUUUCAUCUCUGGCGUUAAUGUAGGUAGUGCUGUUCGCGAUGGGGUUAGCAAUCAUGUUGGGCAAUCACUGGACUAACUUUAUGAAAUGGAGAUGAUUCUCUAUGGUUCGUGAGGAGAUGCAUGAACCUGUGAUACUGGCACCAUAACUGAGGUGAAGUUAAGAGGCACCCGACCUCCGAUAAUUAUAUCUACCAUUCCUGUAUGAUUCAGGAUAUGCAACGUAUAAGCAAUUAAAGUAAAUAUAUACAUAUAUGUAUUUUUUCCUAGGUAUAUAUGCAUAUGCUCAUUUAAUAAGCGUUAUGUACAAAGUGCAAGGAUGUUGAGAACUUUUAGGUAGCGCUGUUGCAUGGCCAUGCAAGCUGCUGGUUUGAAUGCUGCGAGCGUAGAGCUAUACUUUACGAGGUGUUAGUGAAUUUUGCCCUUUUUUAUGUGUGUGUGUCAAUACAGCGAGAAUCGCCCGACUCGUGUUGCCAUGGCUCUGAAAUAAGCUGCUGCAAGUCACGAAAUCAUUCCUCUGUGCAUGGCACCACUCAUUACAAGAGCAAAGGCUUACCAUUCUGUACUGUGAUCAGUCUUGUGAUGAGAAGAGCUGGUAGAAUUAAAACCACUGUGCAUGCCGAGGCGCAUGUGGUCUUA